CUUUGCGGAUGCCCCGCCCACAUUCCCGUGCGGGGCCUCUCCCGCGGCGGAAGCGGAAGCGCCGAGGCGGAAGUCUCCUGCAGGGGCGGUUGCCGGGUAACCGCGAUGUUCCGCGCCGCCGUGGACAUCCAGCCCGCCUGCCUCGGGCUGUACUGCGGCAGGACCGUCCUGUCUGUGAACGGCUCCCUGGAGACCUACGGGGACUGCGGGGUGUGUCCCAGAGGUCAGAGGACCGAUGACAACAAGAUCUGCAGGGAGUGCACAGGAUCUCCAGAUCGCUAUGACUGGCUCUACCUCGGCUUCAUGGCCAUGCUGCCCCUGGUCUUACACUGGUUCUUUAUUGAGUGGUAUUCUGGAAAGAAGAGCUCCAGCGUGUUGCUGCAGCACAUCACAGCCCUGCUGGAGUGCAGCGUUGCAGCAGUGGUCACCCUGCUGGUCAGUGACCCCGUGGGGUCCCUGCACAUCCGCUCCUGCAGGGUGAAGAAGCUCUCGGACUGGUACACGAUGCUCUACAACCCCAGCCCCGACUACAUCACCACAGUGCACUGCACCCACGAGGCUGUCUACCCUCUGUACACCAUUGUGUUUAUAUAUUACGCCUUCUGUCUCGUGUUAAUGAUGCUCCUUCGGCCUCUCCUGGUUAAGAAAAUUGCCUGUGGCUUGGGAAAGUCUGAUCGAUUCAAAAGCAUUUAUGCAGCACUCUACUUCUUCCCCAUCCUCACCGUGCUGCAGGCUGUGGGAGGAGGCCUGCUCUAUUACGCCUUCCCAUACAUCAUACUGGUGUUGUCUUUGGUCACUCUGGCUGUUUACAUGUCUGCUUCUGAAGUGGAGUCUUUCAAGGAUCUUCUGGUGAGGAAGAAAAGGCUUGUUGUCCUCUUCAGCCACUGGUUGCUUCAUGCCUAUGGAAUCAUCUCCAUUUCCAAACUGGAUAAGCUUGAGCAGGACCUGCCAUUGCUUGCCCUGGUUCCUGCCCCUGCCCUCUUUUACCUGAUGACAGCGAAGUACACGGAGCCAUCACGCAUCCUCUCAGAAGGGGGAAAUGGACAUUAAAAAGGAGCCUGUGCCAAGAACGCCACGCCAGUGAUCUGGAUCAAGCAAUUUAGUCAUGCUUUGGAAACUUCUGUUUUAAAGGAAGUUGUUUAUGUACCAGACUUCUGGUGAAACACCUCUGGUUGAGACUGUAUAAUAUCAAAAAGCUGCACUUUGCAUUCCUCGUAAGUAUCUGGUAUAGAUCAAAGGGAAUGUCUUUGUAUCUAUUUAUCACUGUGAAUCUGUAUAAAAAGCUUGUGACAUGUUCUUAUACAGCAGUUUGCUUCUGUGUGUUCAUUUCCUAAUACAAUAUUUGAAUAAAACAACAGAGCCUGGUUUUCAAUAGACUUUAAAUUAAAAAAAAUAGAGCUUGAAUA